AUGGCCGGUCGUCGGGGCCCUCGUAAGACGGACGAGGAUCUGGACUAUCAGUCGCUCGAGGACAAGGUCGACGAGGGCCCGUGGCAUGACGGGCCUCUCCUGGUCGCGUGGGGAGCCGAGGAGAUUUACAGGACGACCUCGAAGUCCGGGACGGUCGGACAAAAGGGCCACUCGGUUUGCCCCUGGUUUAUGAAAAAGAGGUGGUACGACCUCGAGGCGACCCAAGUGUCUAUCGACGUUCGGGGCAUUUGGCCGUCCGACGUCAAGACACGAGCUGCGAGUCCACCGGGCAAUCCGAUGUGCGUCUACGGGGCCUGGAAGGCCGCUCGCGACCAGGAGGAGUUCGGCCCGGCGUUCGUGAUGCUCUGCGGGAUUCUCGACACCCUGCUGUACGUCGAGGGUCGUUCGGUGCUGCAGGUCAUCUGUAGCUGGGUUCAAUUUAUUCAGUGA